CGAAACUGAAAAGGCCUAUGGCUGGAUUCAGCCAGCCUGGGAGACACAGGAGCCACAGUCUGUAGAGGCAAAGCUUCAGGGCCUGAGGAUGGGGCAGGGACUUAGCAGUGCCUGGGCCUGGCAGCUGGACUAUUUCAUAGAGGACCACCUCCAACCCAACACCGACUUCCGUAAAGAAGUCAAAGCCGUCAUCCAUGUCAUGUGCACUUUCCUGAAGGAGAGAUGCUUCCAAGGCGCCGCCCACCCUGUGAGGGUCUCCAAGGUGGUGAAGGGUGGCUCCUCUGGGAAAGGAAAAAUGCUCACAGGCAGAACAGAUGCGGACCUGGUGGUGUUCCUUAACAAUCUCACCAGCUAUGAGGAUCAGUUAAACCAACGGGGAGAGUUCCUAAAGGAAAUUGAGAAAAAGCUGUGCCAGUUACAAGGCGAGCAAAACUUUCCAGUGAAAUUUGAGGUCUUCAGAUCAUGGGGGAUCAACUCCCCUGGGCUAAUCUUGAGGCUAAGCUCCUCUGAGCUCCAGCAGGAGGUGGAGUUUGAUAUUCUGCUGGCCUAUGAUGUCCUGGGUGAUGUCAGCAUCUACAACAAGCCUGACCCCCAAAUCUACAGCAGCCUCAUCAGGGAGUGCACCUCCCUGGGGCUGGAGGGUGAGUUCUACACCAGCUUCACAGAGCUCCAGGGAAACUUCCUGAAGAAUCGUCCACCCAAGCUGAAGAAUCUCAUCCGCCUAGUCAAGCACUGGUACCAACUGUGUAAGGAGAAACUGGGAGAGCCACUGCCCCUGCAAUAUGCCCUGGAGCUGCUCACCCUCUACGCCUGGGAACGUGGGAGUAGAGUCACUGAGUUCAACACAGCCCAGGGCUUCCGGACAGUCUUGGAACUGGUCACCAAGUACAAGCAGCUUCGAAUCUACUGGACAGUGUAUUAUGACUUUCAAGACCAGGAGGUCUCCAAUUACCUGCACAGACAGCUCACCGGAGCCAGGCCUGUGAUCCUGGACCCAGCUGACCCAACAAGGAAUGUGGCUGGUUCUAAUCCAGAGGGCUGGUGUAGGCUGGAAGGAGAGGCUACAGCCUGGCUGCAAUACCCAUGCGUUAAAAACUGGGAUAGUUCUCGAGUGCCACCCUGGGAUGUGCCGGUGGACAAAAACUGAGCAUGUGUUCUCCUACCCAGAAGACUCCAGAAUGAGCAAAUGUGAUCCUCUGCUGCAGGCCCUUGCCCAAGGCCCUGGUGAGAGAGUGUCCAACCUGGGGUCAGACUCCAGACUCCUGACCCCUGCCCACCCACCCUUCCAUCCUGCUCCAUCACAGACAGCCUUCUUCACUGUCUGCUUCAUCCAUGUUAUCCUCUGACAGUGUUCUCAGGGGACAAGAGAUUCAGAAGGGAGGAGAGAACCCAAGCUUGACUUCCAUCUUGUAUCUGUUGGAGGGUUCUGUCCAAUGUCUGAUCAACAUCAAUAAACCACAGCA